AUGACAGCCUAUGGAUUGAACAAGAACGACCAGAUCGAAGAGCUGGUUAAAAAAGCAAAGUCUUUAAAAUCACUAGCUCUCAACAAAACGUCUCGACCACCACUGGAUAUGGUUCCUUAUCAACGACUUGCUUGGGUACUUGAUUCCAACUCAACGUCGAAACUCUCGUUAGUAUUACCAGGACUGAUCCAAGAUGCGGCUCACGUGUGGCAUCGUCGAUUGUGGCGCUCUAGCGUAUUCCAGCAAAGCCUGUAUCAGUUGGAGCCUUCCAUGCGUGAAGUGUCUAUUAAUAUUAGUGACGGCCCACAAAAUCUGUAUCAAAGUGUGGAGACAACAGUCUGCUUGAACUUAUUGUCCUUUGUCGAAAAGAUGUCAGCAGAGGCCUACGAAAAUGCAGUGAAACAACUGAAAUCUCUUAGAAGGUUUUUGGCGACGAACGUCAAUCUCAAGGAUAGAAAGGCUAUUGAAAUUAUCAUGCUCAUUUCAUCUGCAUAUCAGAUCCUUGAAGCGUCGCAACCUGUGCUUCAUCCUAUCUUCUAUAAAGAUCUACAUGAUGUAUUCGGCAGACUGAACAGAUUUAUCGACCAGCUUGCCCAGACCGAUCUAUAUUCCAGAGCAUCGGCUAUUGAUUACGACGAUGCACUUGCAACAUUCAAUGCGAUCAUAUCAACAUUACAGUCAGGAUCGUUGAACAAGUACUACGUUGACAUGAUUUUGUCGCUGACAGACGCCGUUCGCCAUUACAGAAGCAAGGAUGUGGGCUCAUUUUUCGCUUCCAUUGGCAAAGCACGUACUCUUCUUGGUCUUGCCUUUGUUACUGCGUAUGUCCCUGAUUAUCCUGUUGAUCCAACGGCCGAGCCUCGUUUGCGGGUAGACUUGCUGCGUCACCGCAAGGAUGCAAGCUUAAACAACAUCGACGUCCGCACGCACAUUGAAAAGAUUGCUACUGGCAACGACGUUAACGUAACUAUCCAAGAACAGCAGGGACUUGUCGAUCGUAUUGAAACCGAAUUAUCCGCAUCCUCGACCACAUUCUCGCUUCGGCCUCAAAAAUCGCAGCUCGAUGAUAUUUUUGUUGACCUUGCGUCGUUGCAGAAGCAUCUCCUUGCCAGUAACACUGAAUCAUUGAUUGAAGCACUUACGGAAAACACCAAUGACAACAAAGCGAUGGCGGUUCAGCGUGAACGACUGUUGCAAGGCAAUGUGAUCCAGUUUAUUGACCGUAUCCACGCCAAAUACCCAAUGUAUCGUGAUAUCUUGCAGCCUCUGCUUGUAGCCGUUGAUGAUGUCAAGUACGGCUUGCGUUUGAUGGUGUCAACGCACCAAAAUGACCGUGCUGAUGCCUACCUGAGUGAAGUUGUGUCAUUGUUUAUCCGCAACCCAUCAUUAAGCGCCCAGCCUCUGGAUCUCGACUGGCAUAUGCUGACUGAAUCGAUUCACCUCGCAAAACUCAAGGCUAUCGUAUUCGAACGUGCGCCGACUUCACGUAAAUGGGCGUUCUAUCUCAGCAUCUUGGUCACGGUUCUGCAACGUCUCGUUAUGGCGGUCGAUUUACAUGGCUAUCUUUCUGAACAAGACUUGGCGGCCAUUAACAGUAUCUUUGCUGAAAUUGUUCAAGUUUGGAAGGCUGCUCAAGAAUACAAACGCGAAAAGGAAGCAGAAAAGGAGCAGAUGUACAAGACGCGCACGAAGAAGUACGAACCCGUAACAGAAGAAGAACAAGAGGAGGAAGAUAAGAAGAAGCUCUUUGCCGACUUUAACGAAUCGUUUGCUGAUCUUGAAGAAAGCGAUGAUGCACCACCUAGCGGUGCGACUGCGCCAAAGGUCGAGGAAGAAUCUGUGUUGGAUGACAGCGAUGUCCAGCGUAUCGGUGAAUUGCACAAGUACAUUUUUGAUACAUUCCGCGUCGAUACAUGCCAAAAGCGUGAUACCAGCAAGAACCAUGACCGUGAAUUGCUUCGCUCAUAUGCCAUUGCAGCCCAAUUGGCAUCAAUGUCUACGUCCGCCUUUGGUGACUCGAUUGAUAUUCGGUGUAACGCCGGUCAUUUGCAAGCUACUGCAUUAUCUUUGCAACGCCUGGAAGCCACAAACUCGUUUAGCAAAACCAGCGACGCCUUGUAUGACUUUUACACCAGCGAAAACGUCGCCGAAGCAAAGAAGGUGCAUCCUGUCGUUCAGCGAUUCAAGGCACGUGUUGAACAAAUCCAACAAGAGUGGCCAGAUCACGCAGUCUUGCAGCAACUUGUUGUUAUUUGCGACCGACUCCUCAGCUUUUCUAUCGUAUCCCCUGUCGCCAAGUUUUUGACCGGUAUCGAGUUGUUGCUACAGAAAUCCGAGGAUUGGGAAGCCUAUGCCGCCAAACACGUUUCUUUAAGCGCACAACGUGAAGAGUUGAUCCAACUGAUUGUGCAAUGGCGUCAGCUCGAACUGAACUGCUGGCCGACGCUUCUAGCAGCCCAGGAACAAUACAGCCAAAAUGCGGCAUAUACCUGGUGGUUCCAUUUGUUUGAUACCGUCAACAACACUGCAUUCAACGAUUCGACCAAGCAAAGCGAGCUCAUCGGUGCUUUGGAUCACUUCUUCCAGACCUGUUCUUUGAUUGAAUUUGAACCUAGACUCAAGAUGCUGAACAGCUUUGCAUGCCAAGCUCGAGUGCAAGCUGAAUUGAGCAACGCUGUAGACCAGUGGAGUGCAUUAACGUUAUUGAAGAACGUGUGUGCCUACUACAGCCAGUUCUUAGGCCACGUCCAAUUGAUGCUCUCCCAGCUACGCAAGCCGAUUGAAAAGGAUCUCAAAGAAUCCGUCAAGAUUGCUACUUGGAAGGAUGUCAAUAUCCAUGCUCUACGUCAAAGCGCACACAAGACGCACAAGCAGCUUCACAAGUGUAUCCGCAAAUAUCGCGAGGCCCUUGGCACAUCCAUGCUCACGGCUAUUGCAAACUAUAAUCAGGAGCACGCCAUGUUCCAAUAUGGUGACGAGAAACGUUACAACGAUCAGAACAAGAACUUUAUAGACCAAUUGAGUCAGCCGAAUAUGUGGAUGCGCGAGACAACAGUCCCUGCUGCUGCGCUAAUGGUCCCAAUACCAUCUGAAGACGUCAAGCGUCACUUGCAGGAUCUUCCCGGCACGUUGAACAAGAUGCGUCGCUACUGCCGUGAUGAUGUGCUCAAAGCGGCCGUGGAUAUCCCACUGGAAGAUUUUAUGACCCAAGUCAUUGAGCAAAUCAAGUCGUACCAAAAGGAAACUCCAGCCAUGAUGACGGAUGAAAACAAGUCAUUAGUCAAGAAUCAGAAACUGCUGAAGAAGAAGGCACUGGUGGACUUCUUGAAAGAACUACGCCGUCUGGGUCUUAAGUCGCGUCCAGGCACUUUGGCUGCUCAGAAUGCGGAUACCACAUACCUGUUUAGUCAGCAUGUGGCUGCUCUUGAUACUGUUUUGCAGGAUCGUCAUUUGCAGAAGGCCAGACUGAACAGCUUCAGCAGUGGAUCCGAGGACAUGAUCCAAUUGUGGCAAAAGGCAAAUGAUUACUAUUACCGCAGCAUUGCACGGGUAUCGCAUCUGCGAAAACUUUGUACCACCGAAGUGAGCAAGGACUUGUCCCGUUUGGAGGUUGAACGCAGCAUGAGCGCUACAGAGCAUAUGUUUUCCCUGGUACACAAGGAGCGUACGUUGGCGACACGGUUUGAAGGACAAAUGCAAGUGCUCCAAAGCGCUGCAACUCAGCUGGCUGCGCUCUAUGACACUGCCACUAUGAACGUAUCGCGCGUGGAUCGAGUAUUGGACCAACAGUUGGUAGCUCACAAAAAAUGGGUGGAUGACCUGGUCGAUAUGAUUGGCAGUGCUGCUGCUACAGUUGCCAUUCAAGGUGAAUACAAUGGCCAGCAAACAGUGGUGUCAAUUCGACAACUGCAUGCUCAGUUGGUCAAGGUGCAGCACACAGUCGACCGUUGCUUUGUCCAGCGGUACCUUUCGGCUGUUCAUUUAUCGUCACCAGCACUCCUUACUGCUGAUAUCGAUGAAAUGAUCACCACUCACGAGUCAACAGUCAAGGCAACCAUCCGUCCGGCCUUUGAAAACAUCAUGGAACAAGCACCGCAAACGACGCACGUAGUGCAGGCGAUUCUUUCUCGUAUCGACCGCCCUGGUUCUGUCCAAUCUGUUCAAGGCGAGAUUGCGUCCAUGACAACUGUUGUGACACUUCGCGAUCAACUUUACUCCAUGAUUGACGCCAUCUUGGUCUCGGUACAAGAUUUGAAGAAGGCCAAGGCUGAGAGUCAGACUGCAGCCCUGAAGGCCAAGGAAACCGAAGACGAUGAUGAGUUGUCCAACAUGGGUGAGAACUACAUCCGUGACCAGCAUAGCGAGCAAUUCACCCUGACACAGGCGUUGCACAUGGAUACCGUUGCCAAGCGAUGCGUGUCAGCACUUGCGUCGGCCCAUGAAUUGCUAUGCACGGACCACGCACAAGAUACUCUGUGUCUGUUGCAGCAAUCUUAUCCAUUCGUCCAACAAUACAUGCUCAUCAUCCAACACACGCUCAGCCAGUUCUUGACACACCACAAGGCCAUGUCCAAGAUGACUUAUGCUUUGAUCAACUCGUUUACCAUUAUUAUCAGCAAAGGUUUCUGUAUGCCUGCUAAUGCGGAUGAAGAAGGCGAAGAAGGCGAGGCUGAUGGUACUACCAUGGGCACGGGUAUCGGCGAAGGUGAAGGCAACAAGGACGUUAGCGAAGAGAUUGAAGACGAAGAGCAAGUGCUUGGCACACAAAACGAAGAGCAGCGCAAGCAAGAAAAGUCUGAAACCAAGGAAGAAAAGAACGGCAUGGAGAUGGAGAACGACUUUGAAGGCGAGUUGGAAGACGUCGAGGAUGACCAAGACGAUCAGAAACAAGAUGAGGACGACGAUGAUGAAGAAGACGAAGAAGAAAUGGACGAUGAGAUUGGCGACGUCGAUGAUAUGGAUGCAGUCGAUGACAAGAUGUGGGGCGACGAUGAAGCACAUGACGAGCGCAAGGAUACUGACAAGACUGUGGACCAACAAGGUCAGCAGCAACAGCAAGAAUCCGACAUCGUUGCCAAGGAUGAGGAAGAAGGCGAGGAUCAGGAGCCACAAAGUAACGGUGAAAAGCCCGAACGCCAAGAGGAGUCUAGCACGACUGAUCAAAAGCAGGACGAUCAAGGCGAUGAAAACGAUGAACAAGGCGACGGUAGUGGUGACGAACAUGAAGAGGAGGCUGGUGAGGAUGAUGAUGGCACCGAGGAGAACCGAGCUGGCGAGCAGAUGAACGUCGAAGUGCCUGAGGCUGAGACAUUAGAAUUACCUGAGGAUUUGGACAUGGAUGCCAAUGACGAGGAACAAGAAGGUGGCCAAGACGAAGAAUUCUUUGAUCCAAUGGAUAUGGAUGAAGAAACGAAGGAUAAAGCUGAAGAAGAAAUGGGAGAAGAUGAUGGUGAAGAGUUCCACGAUCCAUUAGACCAUGUUGGUGAAGGCGAGCAAGAGCAGAACCAAGAAGACGAUGAGCUGGCAGAUGCAACGGCGCAAAUGCCUGAUCAAGAGCAAGAAGGGGAUGAAAACAAGGAAGAAGACCAAGAAGAACAGCAAGAAGAUAUGGCUGGCGAUAACGAACAGACAAAGGGCGGUCAGUUGGAUGAGGAUGAACAAGAGGAAGACGAAAAGGGCAAGUCGCAUAACCGUGAGCAUCCCAACGACGAGACCGAUGCUGCAGACAACCAGUUUGGUGUCCAAGGUCAGGCCGGCAAGAUGAGCUCUACCUCCAAGGGCAAACAGCAAGGCGAAGACGAGUCUGCUGAGGAUGAUGCACGAAAUGAAGAAGAACCUGCAGAGACCAAGGACCAACAAGGCAUGGCUGAACGUGGCACGAAUCAAGCCAAUGACGAACCAGACAAGGUCGAUGAAGAUGAAGAAACAUCUGCUGAAGCUAAAACUAACCCGCAGCGUAGCCUUGGUGAUGCUUUGGAAAGCUGGCGACGUCGUUUGGCCGAUGUAGCCGAUGCAGACGAGGACGAUGAAGAUGAAGAUGGCCAGCAAGACAAGAAGGACGUUCAAGACAGCCGUGAAGCUCAAGUGAAUGACGAUCAUGCUUUCGAAUAUGUCAAGAACGAUGACGAUGCACAUGAUAUGCAAACCAUGGGUAAUGCAGCUGUUGAUCAACUUCAAGAUAUCAACAUGGGUGCAAUGGAUGAAACAACACAAGACGAAGAAGCGCAAGCUGGCGAAAUGGAUCUAGAUGACGAGGAAAAGCAACAAGAUCAAGUUGAUACGAUGCCUUUGCCACAAGAAAGCAUAGGUGAAGUGCAAGGUGAUCAACGCGGCGCUAUUCUCAGCAAACGUCUACCUGAAUCAGAUCUUCCUGCAGAAGGCGAGGUAUUGACCAUGGAUGAAUCCUUGGUUGCCCAUGAGCCAUUGGAUCCAGAAGCUAUUGAGCGUAUGCGUCAAGAAUUAGAGACAACAGUAUCGGAAUGGCGUGAAGAAGGCCGUGAUAUCCAUCAAGCACGCGAUCUUUGGCAACGCUAUGAGAACUUGACACAUGACUUGGCCAUGGGCUUGUGCGAACAGCUGCGACUCAUCCUUGAACCGACUCUGGCAACAAAGCUCAGGGGAGACUAUCGUACAGGAAAACGACUCAAUAUGAAGAAGAUCAUUCCGUAUAUUGCGAGUCAGUUUAAGAAGGACAAGAUCUGGCUUCGACGUACCAAGCCUAGUAAACGUCAGUAUCAAGUCAUGAUCUCAGUCGACGACUCCAAGUCUAUGUCCGAGUCGCACUCUGUACAGCUGGCUUACGAGACGCUCUCAUUGAUUUCCAAGGCUUUGUCACAGCUCGAAGUCGGCGAUAUCUCCAUCACAUCAUUUGGUGAACGUAUUCGUCUCCUACAUCCAUUUGAUCAGCCGUUCACUGCCGAAGCCGGUGCUUCAGUCUUACAACAGUUUACCUUUGCACAACAAAAGACGCAUGUCAAGCAACUAAUUGAAUCAUCUUUGUCGUUGUUCGAGAACGCUCAAAACAGCUCAAGUGGUGAACUAUGGCAACUACAGCUUAUUAUUUCGGACGGUAUUUGCGACGACCACGAAACACUCAAGCAAUUAGUCCGACAAGCUAUGGACCAACAUGUCAUGCUGAUCUUUAUCGUUGUUGACAACAAGCCCGAAAACGAUUCGAUUUUGAAAAUGACGAACGUAAAGUACACUACUGUAAACGGCAAACUCACGUUACAAAUGCGACCGUAUUUGGAAACCUUCCCCUUCCAGUACUUUAUGGUACUCCGUGAUAUUAAUGCUCUUCCUGAAGCCCUCUCUGAUGCUCUGCGACAGUACUUUAGCUUUGUAUCUGCUUGA